GUCACAUCGAUAGUUUUAUGUCGCCUUUAGCGGAUACUGACAUUCACGAGUGGACGUCGCAGAUGGUUAUAUAUGAUUUUUUUUCGCCGCGCCAGCUGUUUCUUACUUAUAAACAAGAGCGGCGACAGCUAAGCACUAACGCGCAAUCUGGUCAAUAAACGGUUUUUCACAAAAGCAUUUAUCUCUGCUAUGCGCUAGGCCCGUCCCGCGCGCGUUUCUUUUUAUUCGACGGCGCGACUAACGCAAAUGAUGACUAACACACUAAGCUGUGUGAAAAGAAGAUCAAAUUUCGUAAACGCCAUUGUUUGAGCACGUUAAAUAAGUAAAUAACUAUGUCGGACACUGAUUGGAAUUUUGCAUGGAACUGGACACAUUUCUGCCCAACGGGUCUGAAGCCGUUUGCCAACGAUACGAACGAUCUGUUGCCCUGCUUCCAGAAAACACUGCUGCAGUUGCCCGUCUACACAAUUUUUGCAGUCAUAUCCGCCUACAAUUUUGGCAACCAUACGCAUCAGAUAAUACGCAAUGGGCUUCAGAUGCAAAUGCUUACAUUGCGUAUAUUGUUCAGUCUUAUUUUGGCCAUAUUACCUGUAUCAAAGAUAUUCGUAUUCCAUCGAGCAGGCGUCGACUUGUAUGCCGUCGAUAUAUUAGUUGUCAGCGCCGAGUGCAUCAUGUGGGUAGUUCACUGUGGUUAUCUGUUGACUGCUCGGCACUAUGGUAAGCUGAGUCACCGUGGUCCUUUGUUGAUGAAUGUCUUUUGGCUGACGGUCGUUGUGCUCGAUGGCGUUUGGUUGCGCACGAGCCGUCAUUUCGAGUGGUGGCCAUGGAGUCUGGCCACGUUACUGUGCGAUUUGUGCUAUGCCGCCACAAUGGUGCCGAAGGGUAAUGCCAUUUACUGUGCCCCACCUGCCGGCAGUCGAGAUCGCGAGCAGGAAGCGUUGUUGUCCAAUCGCUAUACCUAUUUCCAUUUUGAGUUAAAUGAGGCGCUGCUCGGCCACGCCCAGGAUGAGGCUAAUUGGCUGUCGCGUUUCGUUUUCCACUGGGUGCAGCCGCUCAUAGGCAAAGGCGUUGCCGGCAAACUACGUCGCAUCGAGGACUUGUUCGAUCUGCCCGACGCGCUAAACAUUACACGGCUCAGUGAACGACUGCAUCUGGCCUUGUCGCAGACACAGAGCGUCUUUCGUGCGCUGCACAAGUGUUUCGGUUUCGAGUUCUACUUGAUUGGAUUGUUGCGUCUGGUAGCGGAUAUCUCCAGCUUUGCCGGACCGUUGCUACUGGGCGGACUGUUGCGACAGGAUGGAUCAGAGGCGGAUCAGAAAGCUUAUUACUAUGCCUUGGGCCUGUUCGGGAGCACCUUGUUGUCGGCGCUGUGCGGCUGUCACUUUGAUUGGCGCAUGGCCAUGGUCAGCAUGAAGAUGCGCGUGGGCGUGGUCAAUAGCAUCUAUCGCAAAGCGCUGGAGGCACGGGGUGUACGCGAAUCCCGUCCAGAUAUGUUGAACUUAAUGUCCACGGAUGCCGAUCGCAUUGUCAACUCCUGCAUCAGCUUCCACUUCUUUUGGAGCAUACCGUUCAAGCUGUUCACCACUCUCUAUCUGCUUUAUUUACAACUAGGCGCUGCCUUCUUGGCUGGCGUCAUCUUUGCCGCUCUGCUUAUACCCAUCAAUCGCUGGCUAGCCAAACGCAUUGGUAUAUAUUCCACAGGCCUAAUGACGGCCAAGGAUGCACGACUGUCAGCUACGACGGAAACCAUGCAAGGCGCCAAGCAAAUCAAGACCAAUGCCUGGGAGCCAAUAUUUAUUACGAAAAUCCGUUCACUGCGUACCGAGGAACUACGAUUUUUGUCCAAGCGCAAAUAUUUAGAUGCAAUGUGCGUUUACUUCUGGGCAACUACACCAGUGCUGAUGUGCCUGCUCACUUUUGGGGUCUCUGUGCUGCUCGGCAACCCACUGAUUGCGUCGACGACCUACACGAGUGUUGCUCUGCUCUACAUGCUGAUUGGACCAUUGAACGCCUUUCCCUGGGUGCUUAAUGGACUGAUCGAGGCAUGGGUAUCCCUACGGCGAGUUCAGCAGUUGAUGGAUGUGCCCAAUUUGGAUUACUCCAGCUAUUAUAAUCCCAUUAUGCGUACAACUGCAAUUGGAGAUUCUACGCCCAGUGUGCUGAAAUUAAAAGACGCACAUUUUGUGCAUGAUGCAGAGCACAGCGAGACGGACAGCGAGACAACCAUUUCCCAGUUUCGACUCAGUGACAUCAAUUUGGACGUCAAAGCGGGUCAACUAAUCUGUAUUGAGGGCCCAGUGGGCGGAGGUAAGAGCAGCCUGCUCACUGCCAUCAUUGCCGGACUGCAAUGCGUAAAUGGCGAAGUGUGCAUCCAAGACUUAAGCAACGGCUUUGGCUAUGUGCCUCAAUCACCUUGGUUGCAACGUGCCACCAUUCGCGACAACAUCGUCUGGGGCAGCAAUUUCGAUGAGCAGUGGUACAAGCAGGUGCUGCACGCUUGUGCCCUAAACGAAGAUAUACGAACGCUGGGCGGCGAUCUGAUAGGUGUGGGCGAGAAUGGACGGACGCUGUCAGGCGGCCAGAGAGCACGAGUUGCCUUGGCCAGAGCUGUGUACCAGGAUAAAAAGAUUUAUCUGUUGGACGACGUUCUCUCCUCCUUGGACGCUCACGUGGCCAAGCACAUAAUACGGCACUGUCUGUUGGGUCUGCUGAAGCAGAAGACGCGCAUUGUGGUGACGCGGAGCACGCAACUGUUCUUCCAUGCCAAUCAGAUACUUCAUGUUGAGGAUGGACAAUUGCGACCCAGUGACUAUAUGACGGAGAGCAUUGAUCUGAGCGAGGAGGAAGAGGAGGAGGACGAGGAGGCCAAUAAAUUGCUGUGUCGCUCUUCCAUGGCGCUGGCUAAUGUGACAGCAGAGGAGGAUAAACAUAGUGUGGACAGCCUAUUGCUGGAGGAAUCACGUGAAUACGGACACUUAUCGGGCAAUGUGUUCUCGUGCUAUUGGAAAGCCGUGUCCGCUCCACUGGCGUUGACUGUGCUACUGUUUGUGCUGCUCAUGCAGCUGACACGAAACCUGAGCGAUGCCUGGCUGGCGCACUGGGUCACCGAGACGACACUGGAUGGCCAUACGAACGAUACGACGCUGCAACAUCAGCUGAUACGACCCGGCGCAUCUGGCAAUGACAGCGCUGCUGCGCACACAACGGGUUUCUAUUUGGGCAUAUUCACUGCGAUUGCUGUGACCAAUUCGUUGGUCACCCUAGCGCGAGCCUUUCUCUUUGCCUAUGCUGGCAUCAAGGCGGCCAUUUAUAUACACGAGCAGCUUUUGAAGCGCGUCAUGUUUGCCAAGUUCAAUUUCUUUGAUAUCACCUCUGUGGGCCGAAUACUCAAUCGCUUCUCCUCGGACAUCAAUACGGUGGAUGACUCGCUGCCCUUCAUCCUGAACAUACUGCUAGCCCAGCUGGCGGGUUUGGUGGGCGCUUUGUGUGUCAGCCUUUAUGCCAUGCCGUGGCUGGUACUGGUUGUCGUACCCAUGGUGCCGAUCUAUUUGAAUCUACAGCGACGCUAUCGGCAUGCCUCUCGAGACAUUAAACGGCUGUCCAGUAAUGCCAUGUCCCCGCUCUAUACGCACUUUACGGAGACGCUGCAGGGGCUGACCACAAUACGCAGCAUGCGCGCCAGUGCACGGUUUCAGCGCGAUUUCCAAGGAAAGCUGGAGGAGAGCACCAAGGCGCAAUUGUCUUCAGCAGCUGCCCAACAGUGGCUGGCUUUGCGUCUUCAAAUGCUGGGCGCUCUGCUCGUGGGCGGCGCUGGUCUCAUAGCGGCUAUAACGGCUUCGCAUACUAUAAAUCCUGGGUUGGUGGGUCUGUGUAUCUCGUAUGCUUUGUCCAUAACCGGACAGCUGGGCGAUCUAUUGCACGCCGUUGCCGAAACGGAACAGGAGCUGGUUGCCGUGGAGCGUGUGGAUCAGUAUUUGCAACUGGAACCCGAGCAGAAUGCCGAGGGCAAUGCCGAUCCCCCAUUUGGCUGGCCCACCCAGGGUGUGCUUAGCUUCCAGAAUGUACAGCUCAGUUAUAGGGAGCAUCUGUCGCCAGCUCUGCGGGACAUUAGCUUCAAAACGGAGGCGUUCGAACGCAUUGGCAUCGUGGGUCGCACUGGAGCUGGCAAGAGCUCUGUGCUGGCUGCAUUGUUGCGUGUUGCACCACUUAGCCACGGUGAUAUCUAUUUGGAUCAGAUGAAUCUGAAGACUGUGGCAUUGAGUGUGCUGCGUGAACGCAUUGGCGUGAUAACACAGGAACCCUUCCUCUUUGAAGGAACUGUGCGCGAGAAUCUGGAUCCUAGUCACAGGUAUUACGACUCCGAGAUUUGGCAUGCCAUCAAGAACUCGGCAGCCGCUACGUUGCUCGUCCAACAGCUGGGUGGCCUCGAUGGCCAUGUCGACCGUGGCGGCAAUAACCUAUCCGCCGGACAGCGUCAACUGCUAUGCCUGGCACGUGCUUUGCUCAAGAAUGCGAAGGUCGUGUGUAUCGAUGAGGGCACCUCGUCUCUGGACGACGAAUCAGAUCUGUGCAUGCAACAGGCGUUGCGAAAUGCAUUCAAGAGCUGUACCCUGAUCUUUAUAGCGCAUCGUUUGCGUGGCCUGCAGGCCAUGGAUCGCAUCCUAGUACUGGACGAUGGGCGCAUCAGUGAGCAGGGCAAGCCGCACGAGCUGGCGGCUAAUCGCAGUUCGCUAUUCCACAGCAUGCUCCUGGCGCAGGACAUUAGUUUGCAGGACUUUGUGAAAAUCGAUUGACUAUAAGAGAUAUGUUUAUUUAUAGUCUUUAAAUAGUAUUUAAAACAAUAAUUUUAAUAUUGAUUGUAUAUGUAGGUUUUAUUAUAUUAUACCAAAUAUAAUACAUGAGAGUUUUAUGUGACAGAUCAGUUACAAAAUUAAUAACUAUUGGCUAUAUGGCUACAUAUAUGUAUGUAUAUAUAUAUAGCUUGCCUGUACUGGAUCUCAUGUUUUUGCAUUCUGGGUUAGAGUUGGGUUCACAUGCUAAUUUCUUAGUUUUUUUUUUAUAAAUGUGUCAAAAAAUACUUUCAAAAAUAUUCGUAAAAAGGUAUCUAAGCAAUUUUUUUGUUCAAAAAUUGUAAGCUGUCUCGUUUCCGUUUUUGUUUUGCAUUAUUUAUCUAUAAAAAUUGUAUGAAUUUACUAGCACUUUCUUAGAAAAUGUUUACUCUUUCCUUCGUUUUAUGAAACUUUUAGCUUGCUUAAGAAAUUGGAGAAUUUGAAAUUGUAACCAUUAAAGCCAAACUGAUAUCGGAACAAUGAUUAUACUCCACAGA